AGAACUUUAAGACUUGACCUUCACUUUCACCCCCAGCCGGUUUGUCCCCACCAAGGUGUACCUUGAAAAAUUAUCAGUAGGUCCAAGCUGUCAGUCAGAGAGAACCUUCAGAGACCCAAGUUUAAAAUGGCUGAACCUCUUACAGUUGUCGUUACUGGUGCUGCUGGCCAAAUAGCAUACAGCUUAGUUGGUUUUAUCAUCAAAGGAGAAGUAUUUGGCCCUACACAGCCUAUAAAUCUCCAUCUCCUGGACAUCACCCCCAUGAUGGAAGUACUUAAUGGUGUUGUGAUGGAGUUGAUGGACUGUGCUGUUCCUAUUGUUAAAAAUAUUGUUGCCACUGAUGAUCCCAAUGUGGCUUUUAAGGAUGUGGAUGCAGCUUUUAUGGUUGGUGCUAUGCCACGCAAAGAUGGUAUGGAAAGGAAAGAUCUGCUGAAAGCUAAUGUGAAGAUCUUUAAGGCACAAGGUCAAGCAAUGGACAGAUUAUCAAAGAAAACUGUUAAAGUUGUUGUUGUGGGCAACCCAGCAAACACCAAUGCUUGUAUCCUGAGUAGAUAUGCCCCAUCCAUUCCCAAGGAGAACAUCACUUGUUUAACAAGGCUAGACCAGAACAGGGCACAAGCUCAGAUUGCAAAAAGGUUGAACGUAACUACUGAUAAGGUCAAAAAAGUUACCAUUUGGGGAAAUCACUCUUCAACGCAGUUCCCAGAUGUUGACCAUGCCACAGCUGAAAUCAACGGCAAGGUUGUUCCUGUACCAGAGGCUAUCAAAGAUGAUAAUUAUCUGAAGAAUGAAUUUAUUAAGACUGUGCAACAAAGAGGAGCUGCAGUUAUUAAAGCUCGCAAGCUUUCCAGCGCCAUGUCAGCUGCAAAGGCUGCCUGUGACCACAUGCACGACUGGUUUUUUGGGACUGCACAGGACAACUGGGUAUCCAUGGGUGUUAUUUCUGAUGGAAGUUAUGGAGUUGAGCCAGGACUGAUGUUCAGCUACCCCUUGACUAUUAAGGAUAAGAAAUGGAGCAUUGUCCAAUCACUAUCAAUCAGUCCCUUUGCCAGGGAGAAGCUGGAUGCAACUGCUGAAGAGUUGAAGGAAGAGCUGCAAGCUGCUAUGGAAGAAUGUGCAGACUGACUGCAUUUCAGUGGAGAUUUGGCAGCUAGAUAUUCAAAGCCUGCCAACAAACUAUGAUAGAAUACCCUAAAUUCAUCUAGGUGUCAGCAUGAUUUAAUGUUAGUUUAUUGUAAUAGUUUGUUUUAAGAUUUAUUUGUAAUCGGGUAAUGAUUAUCUGUCUGUUUUUGUUGCUUCAAGUUAAGACUAAAGAACAAGAACUAAUUCCUGUUAUUGUUUUUAAUAUAAGAAUGCUCAAUCUUCUGCACUAACAAAUAGAUUGUUUCAGGGUAGAAAAUGGUACUUGUAAUAAAUAUUUUCUUGUCUCAA